CUAGACCUUGCCUCACUUCUCACCCCAGAGUGGCAGCGUUACCGUCACUUCUAGCACAUUCCCUACGGCUAGAAAAAGGGAGUUUUCAGAGAGGGGUGUUAAGUUAGGAGUGUCUGCCAUGCCCUCAGGAUAGCAAGAGGAGUUUUAGGACAGGGGACAAAGUCCGGCGCAUUGGUCAUUCCCAGUGGCUAGGAAAGGGAGUUUUCUGAAAGGGGUUGUAGGUUCAGAGUUUGGACUGGGCCAUGUCUCUGCAAGGCGAUGUGUGUGUGGUGACAGGAGCCUGUGGGUUCCUGGGGGAGAGGCUGGUCCGGCUGCUAAUGGAGGAAGAGAAGCUCACAGAGAUCCGUAUGCUGGACAUACAUGUCCGACCACAACACAUACAGUGUCUGGAAGGUAAAUACUAUACCAGCUCUCCUUUCUUUCUCUCUCUCUCUACCAGGGUUAGUGUAAAUAUUGAUAUUUUACAACUUUUCUUUGGUUUGUUUCUUCUCUGAUUGGUUUGUUGUCAGAGGUCAGAGGGGACACGCUGGUGAGUGUAUUUGAGGGGGACAUCAUGGAUAGUGAGCUGCUGAGGAGAGCGUGCAAGGGUGCAUCGCUGGUCUUCCACACCGCGUCCCUCAUAGACGUCACCGGGAAGGUGGACUACGGUGAGCUUCACAGGGUCAACGUCAAAGGUAUGAUCAGAUUUGUGUCGGGAUUGGCAGCAGACCUGAGUGAAAUACACAUGUCCAAUACUUUCAAAUACUUGAGCUGCGCUUGAGAACUGAAUUGACCCUGCUGAUGUACUCAUUGAUCUGAUAUCUUCCUCAGGAACCCAGCUCCUUCUGGAGACGUGCGUCCAGGAGAAUGUGAUGUCCUUUAUCUACACCAGCAGCAUCGAGGUGGCAGGCCCCAACGCCAACGGAGACCCCAUCAUCAACGGUGAUGAGAAUACCCCCUACACAUGCUCCCUAAAGUUCCCCUACAGCAGGACCAAGAAGGAGGCAGAACGGGUCACCCUGCAAGCCCAGGGUGAGGUGCUCCAGAAUGGGGGCCGGCUGGCCACCUGCGCCCUCCGACCCAUGUACAUCUAUGGAGAGGGCUGCCGCUUCCUGCUGGGCCACAUGGGAGACGGGAUUCGUAACGGGGACAUGUUGUACCGUACCUCCCGUCCGGAGGCCCAGGUGAACCCUGUAUACGUGGGGAAUGCGGCCCUGGCCCACCUCCAGGCCGCCCGCGCCCUGCGAGACCCCCAGCGGAGAGCCGCCAUUGGAGGGAACUUCUACUACAUCUCAGAUGACACGCCUCCCGUCAGCUACUCUGACUUCAACCAUGUUGUGUUGUCGCCGCUGGGCUUCAGCAUCCAGGAGAAGCCUAUCCUGCCCAUCCCAGUCCUCUACCUCAUCUGUUUCCUCAUGGAGAUGCUGCAGAUGCUGCUCCGCCCCUUCAAGCGCUUCACCCCGCCCAUAAACCGGCAGCUCCUUACCAUGCUGAACACACCCUUCAGCUUCUCCUAUCGGAGGGCUCAGAGGGACAUGGGGUACACCCCGCGGUACAGCUGGGAGGAGGCACGCAAGCGGACCAUGGAUUGGGUGGCUUCCCAGUUACCCAAGGAGCGAGAGCGAAUAAAGGCUAAAUAA